AUGCCUGCUAUUGUAAACCUGCUAUUCAACACGGUCUCCACCAACACCACCAUCUCCUUUUCUCUGGUGCUGCCUCUGGUCAGCAUCCUCUCCCUGCUGGUAGGGGUCGGAGGUCACCUGCUCAUGUGGUUGGUGUUGAUGCGUAACCCACGGCGUCGUUCGAAGCCCAGCUCGGUCCUCCUGUUGAACCUGAGUUUCGCUGAUCUGUGUGCUCUACUCACCCUGCCCUGUGUGCUUCUGAGCGCUAGCUCUCAGAACUGGCAGCUGGGAGGAGGCGUUUGUGUUUUGUUGAGCUUCAUGACCUCCCUGACCGCUGGAGUGGACAUCUUCAGCCUGGCUGCUCUCUCAGUGCUGCGUUAUCGAAUAGUGGCUCCCUCGACACGACCCCCGGCCACCCCUGCGCAGGUAGCUGGCACUGUUGCUGUUAUCUGGCUGGUUUCCAUUGCCAUGGCCCUACCUAAAGUCACGUACAUCCAGUUUGACAGUGGCUGCACGUGGUCGGUGGGCCGGGGUCACUGGCUGGGCUUCCUCGUUCCUGCCUUUCUGGUGUAUUACGUGGCUCCUCUACUUUGCAUCGCCCUCCAUUGCGGGCUCAUCAUCACACACCUGUACCGCUGCCGGGGCACUCUAGCCGCAGACCACCGCAAUAAAAAAGCCACAGCCCUUCUCAUCGGUUCCACGCUGGUGUUCGCCAUCAGCUGGCUGCCUUAUUACGUGCUAGAGUUUGUCAAUGUUUUAUCGCCGUCCCUUAAUUCCGCCAGCUCGCCCGGAAGCAACAGCUCCAGCUCCACCGCCCCAUCACCGGCAUCAAGUACAGAGGUGUCUCUGCUGUGGGAGGUGGCCUCGCUGUCAGCCAUUCUUCUGAUUUGUCUGGCACCUUGCUGGAACCCGCCACUCUACUUCCUGCUAUCUAAGCCAGCCCUGAGGCAACUGAGAGGGCUACUACCCAUCAUGCACCAACACUGGAGAGCUGCUACCUUCCUACAGCACAUAGUGCCAAAACAUGCUCCCACACAGCCUCACUCACAGCCUGGGUCUCAACACGUUCCUCAGAACGUACUAGCAGUAACGCACCCACAAUGA